CCUCCAACGGUUCGCAACCCCCAAAUCCCCCCAACCCAGACCGAACGCGACUGCCGGCCGCCGGGUCCUCCCUCCGGCCUCCUCCUCGACGCAACUCGUCGCCGUUUUCCUCACCUCGCCUCCCUCCCGUGGCCGCCACUCUCGCGUGCGAUGGCGGCGCCUCAGGAGUGGAGCAUGUCUGACUUCGAGAUCGGCAAGUACAUCGGCGAGGGCAAGUUCGGCAAGGUCUACCUCGCCCGCGAGAAGCAGAGCGGGUACGUGGUGGCGCUCAAGGUGAUGUACAAGGCCAAGCUGGAGAAGUACCGCUUCCACGCGCACUUGCGGCGAGAGAUUGAGAUCCAGCACGGACUCGACCACCCCAAUGUGCUCCGCCUCUUCGCCUGGUUCCACGACGAAGAGCGCGUCGUCCUUGUCCUCGAAUACGCGGCCCGUAGUGAGCUAUACAAGGUCCUUCGCGCUGCUGGCCACUUCACGGAGCGCACCGCCGCCACCAUUCUGACAGCACUGAACCUUACGUGUUUUAGUAUGUCGCAAGCCUUGCUGGUGCAUUGGCAUACUGUCACAAGAAGCAGGUCAUUCAUAGGGACAUCAAACCAGAGAAUUUGCUACUUGAUAUUGAGGGCCGGCUUAAAAUUGCAGAUUUUGGAUGGGCAGCUCGGUCAAAUGCUAAACGACACACUCUGUGGCACGAUUGAUUAUCUGGCACCAGAGAUGAUAGAGAAAAAAGCUCAUGACCAUGCCGUUGACAACUGGACUUUAGGAAUCCUGUGCUAUGAGUUCUUAUACAGUUCACCUCCUUUUGAAGCUGAUGAACAGGAUGACACCUUGAGAAGGAUAGUUAGAGUGGAUUUGACAUUCCCUUCAAGUCCUUGCGUAUCUUCAGAAGCAAAGGAUCUCAUUACCAAGCAAGAGGCUUUCUCUUGAAGACAUAAUGAAGCAUCCAUGGAUAAAAAAGAAUGCAGAACCUUCAGGGAGUUGCAUUAAGCAAAAAGGUCUAGGAAGAGUUAAGGUCUAGGUCCAAAAUAGCCAUUAUCAAUUUCGAUGUGGUUAUACAUUUUCAUGCUCGGCUGAGAUACCUGGUCUGAACAAAAGGAUGGCUCAUUUUUUCUAAUAAGUCAGGAAAGCACCUUUUGCUCCUCUGACUACUUUUAGAUGACACGCAAUUACUGUGGAGUAUCGCUAUGACUUUUUGCUAAAUUUCAUUAUGGUUUCCUCUACAGCCUGUACUCAUCUGAAAAUCGGCCCGUUUUGGCGAAGCACUUGUUUGCCAGUGGCCCAGAACCUUCACAUGCUCGUUACUGAUGUGGUGUGCCGAACUCGUCGCUUCUGGAGGUCAAAUAUGCUAACACUUUGAUGUCUGUAGUUCUGAUAGUUCCGGAGUAGGUAUGUGCCUGUGCCUGCUGGCUUGCUCCUUCUGUCCUGCUGGCUGGAGGAGUCUUCUUGUCGAUUGAGGUUGGAUGCAGCGCUUGCUCCUACUGAGCUGUUAAGCCUUUGUAAAUGAGAACAUUGAUGGUAAUGGAGGAACGUGGUUUUACCUGUGGGGACAUUAUUUUGUGUUACGAUCCGUACUGACGGUAUUAGUAAUUCUGUGGUCUGUAGCAACGAAA